AAACAAAGACGCGACUCUGCCUCUUACUGCCAUCAUAACACCCUUCGCGUCCUUGUUGACUGCAUUUCUCACAUUCGCUGGUCACUGCUUGCUUGUUUUUCACGCCAAAUAGUCUGAGUGAUCACACCCCUCAAACUCUUCGUGCUACACCAACGUGUUUGUACAUCAUUCUACUUUCUUGUAAGUUCUCCAUCUUUCGUUGCAACCCUGCCGUAAUCUUGGUUGACUGCCCGUAGCGCAUACAAGACCUUUCUAGAGUAAAACAUUGCACACUAUCACACAUGGCACCCAAAUCUACCGGAGGGAAGUCUAAGUCUGGCGCGCCCACUCAAGCAGCAGGAGGGGUUGCAGGAUCCGGUACGACCACGACACCAAGAACGAUACAGACUCGUAGUCAGAAAGCUGGCCUUCAGUUUCCCGUCGGUCGUAUCCAUCGUUACCUGAAACAGCGCACGCAGCACAAUGUGCGUAUUGGAGCGAAGGCUGCUGUUUAUACCAGUGCAAUAUUGGAGUAUCUCACUGCUGAGGUGCUUGAACUUGCUGGAAAUGCAUCCAAGGACUUGCGCGUCAAACGUAUAACACCCCGGCAUUUGCAACUUGCUAUACGAGGAGAUGAAGAACUCGAUAUCCUUGUUCGCGCAACAAUCGCUGGAGGAGGUGUAUUGCCAUUUAUCCACAAGAGCUUGACAGCUGCUUCAGGCAAGAAGAAGCUCGAGGGACAACAGCAGUAGUGGCUGUUGGAAUUUUGCAGCAGGUGUUGACUUUAUCUAUUCAUGUCGUGAGCACAGCGAUCAGCUGUACUAACUUUAUUUUACUUCUGGCUGUUGUUACUUGCAUCUAUAGUUUUUGUAUCAAAUGCAUGUAUGAGACGGGUCGUUCGAGCUGUUUGAUGGACAGUUGACCAACUAGUGUCAGUGCCUUUAUUUAUCCCCUAGUUACUGUCACGGCAUAAUCCUUACACAAGAGUUGCGAUUCUGUUAUGCUACAACUCGAUCGUACUACAUAUCCAGGAUAAUGUCCAGCUAGUCUACUCGUCAUGCAAUGAUCACCGUUCCUCAACUA